GCUGCUGCUGCUGCCGUCUCUCCGGCGACGAUCGAUGUUGGAAAUAGCGCACGCACGAACGGGCGGCCCCGAACUACAUCGUACGCGAUAUGUACGCGAUAUAGCUCCCCCACACACAUACACCCUACUCGUACCUACACACACACGGCGACUCGCGCAAGUAGACAAGCCAAGGCAGAGCAGCCAACACAUUUUUAAGGUAGUGCGCGAAUCGUGUCUCCGUCGAGCGCCUCGGACUCCUGGCUCUUGCGAAGCACACAGCAAAGAACUCGAAGCUCCAAGUGCCGUGUUGGUUUUGCAGUGGCUCCGACCGAUCGAAAGACGAGAGCGAUCGCUUCGUAAACUUACUACUACCUACGAGGCGACGCUAAACCCAGAGACAGACACAAAUCGAGAAUCCAAAGAGAGAGAGAGAGACAAGGUGAGGAGAAAAAUCGUCGAGCUUUGAUUUGAAAAAAAAAUAGAAAAAAGAAGGCGAUGACGCGGAAAAAAUGCUCGGCACGGAUUACCACGAUAACUGGCUGAUGGGCCCGAACUCAGGCCUCUGCACUAAGGUAGCUCUUAGAGGAUGCACAAGCUAGCCAAGGGCCUUAAUAAGAAGAAGAAAAAGCAGAAGAAGGGAAAGAAAGGAGAAGACGACGACGAGUUCGACCCAGAAGAAUUAGAACGUUACAGACGCGAACGGGCGGAGGCCCAAGCUAAGUUAGCGGCAGAAGCAGCCGAAUCAGGAGACGGUAAACCAGCAACCAACAACGACGAGUGGAGUAAAUUCGCAGCUCUCACAUCGGGCGUUGAUUCCAUUUUAAAAAAAACUCAAGACGAUCUAGAUCGUAUCAAAUCAACUUCAUUCUUCCAACGCAAGGCUGUUGAACCUGAACCCGAUCCCGAAGAGGCUCCGGAAGUCGUUAAGCGCAAAGAAGAACUAGCUAAACGCUACGCUGGUUUUGACAAAGACGGUAAUCCCAUUGAAAUCAAAGAAGACGAAGAUAAAGUAGUUCUCAAAGUUAACGAAGACGGUAUCGUUGAGUUACCUGAAGAUGAUGAAGCACACGAGGAUUCAGCUGAAGAGGAUAUUUUCGAUACCACCUAUAUUGACGCUUUGCAGAAUAUCGAAGUUCAAUUAGCUUACAUACCAGACAGUCCUACUCAAGAAGAGUUAGGUGACGAUCCUUUCGAUACAACCAACGCAGACGUUGUUCUUAAGACAGUCGACAAAACUACCGGCAAAAAACUCGUUAGUCUUGGCAACGCAGUCGAAGUAUUAGCUGGUCGUAUCGACCAUAAGAGUACUUGUAAGAUCAGCAAAAAUAGACCAAGAGUUCAGACCGAUCUUUUACUUGACGACUUUGAAGUAGCUGAGCCAGCAGUCACACCAGACAAUCCAAACGACGAAACCAAAGCAGAUAAUGUACCGAAAACUUUACUCGAUGACGACAGUGAUCUUCCUGACAUUCCAGUUGAUUUAACAAAACUUCCACCUAUUAUUCCACCAAGACCAGUUACACCCGCAGUUGAAGGAGGCGAUCCAAUUGUUGACGAAUUACUCAAACCACUUGAUGUAUCUGAAUUUGAAGCUUUUAAUAAAACGGUACUAGACGAAAUACCUGUACUAAAUGACGAAGAAUUCGAUUUAGAUGGACCAGCUGAGCCGUUAGUUUUAGAAGAAGCAGAAGAUCCAUUCGCUGAAAAAGAAUCCGAAGAUAUCGACUUAGCUGAGGAAAUAAGCUUCGUGGCAGCAACUUUCAUUGACGAAGAAGAUCCAUUCGAUACUACAAUCGCAGAAAACAUAUUACCCGGUAAAACUGAACUUAAAUUUAUUGAAAAAGAACUCGAGCAAGUACCAAAGUCAAAGGAUUCAUCUUCUGUUCCGCAAAUUCUCAAAGGUACGCAAGUGAAUCUUGGUGUGGUAAAAAAAGAUCUUUUAGGUGGAUCAAGUACCGAUUUGAGCAAAUUAUCUGAUCAACCAAUCAAACCUGUAGAAGAAUUAAGUUACGUAGAUCCGUUCGAUACAUCUAGUAUACAAGAUUUACCACCUGGUCGAACAGAGCUAAAAUUCAUCGAAAAAGAACUUUUGGGUGAGAAAAAAUCUGUCUUAGACACUCUUGACGACGACGACUUUGAUCCGAGGGCAGACGAAGUAAUAGUACCUCAAAAGAAAAAACCACCACCAAGGCCAGCACCGAUCAAAGAAGUUAUUUCUGAGGUAACUUAUUACGUUACUGACAACUCAAACACUCCACAAGAACCCUUAGAUAGAGCAAGAAAACCUUCAAGACCCGAGGUGCUCGAUAUAUCAUCCAAAGUCGUUGCUUUUGACGUACCACCGACGAAUCUUCUUGCGAGUGACAGUGAGGAAAAAAAUUUACCUGGGAAACCCUUAACGCCUUACUACCCUCAAAAAUCAAUUGAAGAAGUUAUUCCUUCUGGAGACGAGUUGGAAGAAUCCGAAGUUGAUCCCUUUGAUACUAGUUUCGUUGCGAGUGCACCUGGUAAAACUGAAUUGAAAUUAAUUGAAUCCGAACUUCUGAAUGAAGAUCCGUCGAUCAAAGCGGCAGACGAUAUAAGCGACAGUGAAUUUGAUCCACGAUCUGACCAUCCUGUUAGGCGCGUUAGUGACGUUGUCAGCAGUGCAGAGGUCAUUGAGACAUUAGUCAAUAAAAGGAAAGCACUCGACAAAAGGCAAGAUAGUAUUUUAGAUACAGAAGCACCCGAUACUGUUUUUACCGAACCCUUGGAACCUAACGUCAAGCCUAGUACUAUCGAAGAAGAAGUCGAGCAGAGUUACGGAGAUCCGUUUGACACAUCGCACGCAGAAGUGCCGCUUCCAGGCAAAGCCGAACUCAAAUUAUUAGAAAACGAGCUCAAUCAAGUACCUGAUCCGGGUCCAAUACGAAUUCAUCCAGUUAUCGAACAAGUCGCGAAAAGAUCGGUUGUCGAAGAAGAUCUUGACUUUGAUCCAAGAGCCGGAGAAGAAAAAAAAGACAUUUUGUGUUUAGAUUCUGAAGAAGGGCCUGCUGAUAGAGUUUUAACACCUAUACAAAAUACUGAUUUGUCUGAGGACGAUAAAGAUCCUUUCGAUACUAGUUUUGCCAGCAUCGACCCAGGAAAAACCGAACUCAAACUUCUUGAAUCUGAAUUGAUCGAUCAUGUAAAAGUUAAUCUUUCCAAAAUGGAUUCCAAGUCAAAUCCGUUUUUGAUGGACGAUUUUCCCGCGGAGGCGGACGCUGCAAUGUCAGCUGCAUCUAACCCAUUUCUACAAGAUUUUGGUGAUCCAUCAGCUGUGCCAGAAGCGGUGGGUGGUGCAGAAGCUAAUCCCUUUUUCAGUUUUGCACCAGAUCCAUCGUAUCAACCACCUACUGAUUCCACAAAUCCAUUCGCUUCUUUCGGAGUUGAAGCGGCUGCCGUGCCAGAGCAGGAAACCAAUGUUUUCAUUGCGCCCGAAGUAGCUACGGUGCCCGAACCAGAACCAGAGCCAUUAAUAUCCGUCGAAACGACAGUGGAAGCACCUGUACCUGUACCUGCACCCGCACCUGCACCAGAAGUGGAGAUACCACAGCAACCGGCUCCGUCUGUACCAAGUAAGCCGGCGAGGCCACCGCCACCACCGAGACCUGGACCUCCCCCACCACCAGCGAGAAAUCCCAAAGAACUCAUACUUUCUGUAACGGGAGCUAUGGACGAAACUUCGAAUGAGAUGCUGGACCGUCUACAAGCUACAAGGACGCCGAGUCCAUCGCUGAUGCAUUCGCCCUCGCCAACGCCGGAGCACAGCGUCGCCGAGAUGCUAGACGUCGACGGUCGCGUACCAGAACUCUCUCGUGAUACGAGUUCCCAGGACAUUCUUGGUUUAUACGAUGCGCCUGCAGCUCCACCUGAAGCACCGAUUCAACCUGACGUUGAGCCAAGCGAGACAGUGGCUCGUCGCGACAGUGGCGCCCCACCAACGACGCAAAUUUCGGACAAUCCCUUCGCUGACGUCAGCCAGGCGCAAGUGCAUAUAGAGGACUCCGCCGUUCAGCCUAAAAGACCCUCGCUUACCAGCGGCUCACCCGUUGCUGGUGAGUAUUCGGCUUUCUUUGCAGUAGCACAACCUUCAGUUCCAACUGUAUCCGAGCAAGCGCCAGUUGUGGAUCCAGUGCAACCAGAGGAAACGGUUGAUGUUUCGAGUCAUUAUGACACUGCUCAACCAACGGAACAAUCACAACCUUCGAUUCCACCUGGUGGAGGAUUCGCAGAUCUCCUGGGUGGUUUUGGCGCGGUUGAACCCUUACCCGACACAACUUAUAAUUCUGCAGUUAGCCCAGCUGCCGCUCAAGAAUAUUCACACUCUGCUUAUCCAACUACUGAUACGAGUGGUGGAUUUGGAGCGUCAGUUGGUCACGAAACUGGCGAUGCGUUUGACGCCUUUGCAUCUAAGUUUGAAAAAGCUGCAGAGCACGAUCAUACUAGCAAUGCUUUUGGUGAUCCAUUUGGCGGAGGAUCGGGACACACAGCUAUGGACACGAGCAGUGAUGUUUGGGGCGACUCGUCGGGUGUAUCCACUGGAGAACCGGUCAGCGGCUUUGGUGAAGAUACUGAUGGAUUCGAUUCAUUUUUGUCAAUGACUGCCCCACCACCAGAUAUUGCACCAAGAAGAAGAGGUUCCGGUGACUCGGACGAAGCCCCAGACUUCAGUGUUUACAUUAAGCCAAAAGAUGGUGAGGAGUCUUACGUCCCGGGUGGCCCCGUACCGACUCUUGCUCCACCUCCAAAGAGCCCAAUGCAUGCAGCUUAUACCGAUUCAGCUCCACAUUUGAAUCCUUUCGACGCUUCGAUGGGUCAGCAAGGCGUUCCUACAGACUUGGGUGGCGCAAUUCCUGGUGAAAUGAAACGUUCCGAUUCUCAGGAGACACCACCAACGCCUCUGUUUGACGAGGACGUCAGCCAACCGCUCGAAGAUUUUCCAAGAAUCACGUACACCGGUGAAGGUUGGGAAAUGCAACUGCGUAUGCCGAUCAAGAAAAAAAUCACUGGUCAACGGUUUUGGAAGAAAAUAUUUGUUAAGUUGGUUUAUCAAGGAGAUAAUCCGGUGUUACAGUUGUUUAAUAGCAAGGGUGAUAAAGAUCCCUUUCAAGAGUUGCCAUUGCUGGCUUGCUACUCGGUCUCAGAAAUUGCGGCCCAGCAGUUCGACCAGUACGGCAAAAUAUUUACCGUUAAAUUACAGUACAUAUUUUAUAAAGAGCGACCGGGCGUUAGGCCUGGACAAGUCACGAAAGCCGAAAGGAUCACAAAUAAGCUCAGUCAGUUUGCGGCUUAUGCUAUACAGGGAGACUAUCAAGGCGUCAAAGAGUUUGGUAGCGAUUUGAAAAAACUUGGAAUGCCUGUAGAGCAUGCGCCUCAGAUAUCACAGCUUUUCAAACUUGCAUCUCAAAAUUACGAAGACAUGAAGCAGUUCUCAGUGGUGAUCGAAGAGGCUCUUUUCAGGUUGUCCGCGCACAGAGAUCGUGCUCUUCAGUACAAAAUGGAAGAAGUUCAAAUAAACGUCGUGGACGAGAUCUACGUUGAACAAAACGCCGAUGGGCACGUGGAUAAGCAAAUCGCUCGAGUGCGCUUGUUUUUCCUCGGAUUUCUCUCUGGCAUGCCCGACGUCGAAUUGGGCAUUAACGACAUUUGGAGACAGGGCAAAGAAGUUGUCGGCAGGCACGACAUUAUUCCAGUCGCAACUGAGGAAUGGAUUCGUCUCGAAGCUAUAGAGUUUCAUUCGUGCGUUCAGCAGGACGAAUACGAAAAGUCCAAGCUCAUCAAGUUCAAGCCACCCGAUGCUUGUUAUUUCGAAUUAAUGAGGUUCCGUGUAAGACCACCACGAAAUCGCGAGCUGCCUUUGCAGCUUAAAGCCGUCAUGUGUGUCACCGGCAACAAAGUUGAAUUGCGCGCAGACAUACUCGUCCCCGGCUUCGCUUCACGCAAACUCGGCAGAGUGCCAUGUGAAGAUGUGAUGGUGCGAUUCCCCAUACCUGAAUGCUGGAUCUACUUAUUCCGAGUGGAAAAACACUUCAGAUAUGGCUCGGUCAAGUCAGCUCACAGACGAACUGGAAAGAUAAAGGGUAUCGAGAGAUUCUUGGGAACGAUGGAUACUUUAGAACCACAGCUAAUGGAAGUCACCUCGGGUCAAGCAAAGUACGAACAUCAACAUCACGCCAUUGUGUGGAGGAUGCCUAAAUUACCCAAAGAUGGGCAAGGCGCUUACACGACGCAUCAAUUGGUAUGCCGAUUGAGUCUGACGUCGUACGACCAAAUACCGGAGAAAUUGUCCGAGUAUGCCUAUGUCGAAUUUACGAUGCCCGUGACACAAGUUUCUCACACAACAGCGAGGAGCGUAAGCUUUCAGAAUUUUGACGGUGAUGAGCCCCCGGAAAAAUACGUCAAAAAUCUCUCAAGGCACGAGUACCGAGUUGGUAUCGAGCAUACGCAGGGUGAAGGCCCAGGAGCAUACAUUAGCGCGACGAGCAUAUCUACGCCGAAAAAAUCGAUACCAGAAUCAACUCCAGAAGCCGAAUCCGGCAAUCACCAUCAACCAGCGGCCCCGUCUGAUUCUGAUUCGUCCGACUAAAUUUUUAUCAUCAUUCUUGCCUAUUAUAUCUGCUACUGAAUCACGUGCGCACUCCCUCAAUCGAUUAAGUUGGUUAAUUAGCAAUUAUUAUAUGGCAAUGAUUACAUGUAUGUUAUUAGACAAAAAUGAAUAUCGUUAACGUGUACUGUGCAUAUAGGGUACUUAUACCAGUGAUUGACCGCUUUCGACCAGUAAAUGACCACUUUUGGAUGUGCAAUAAUUAUCGUUUUUCCUUAUUAAAUUAUGA